UUCUCCUCCUCCUUCCCAUCGAGGAUGCUGCUCAGCGGGUGAUGCUCUGCUCUCUCUCCUCGCCUUCCUGCCUCUUUUCCCCGCAACCUGCCGCAAGGAUGGAGCUGGAGGUCCUGGGCUCAGCCGGAGCCGGAGGGGCGCGAGGCGAGGCAGCCCUGGUCCCGCGGCGUCCCGGGCAAGGAGCCCCUCCGAAGGGGAAGCCCUGAGGAAGAGGAGGAGGAGAGCCCCGCUGGAUGGCCGAAGGGUAGCCCUUUCUCCCUCCUCUCCUUUCCCCUUCUUCCCGCUUCCGACGGCGCUGGCGUGCAGGAAAUCCUGAAGGGGUGCCAAAAAGGACAGUGGGGAGAGAAUGAAGAAGCCAGCUGUGCAGGAGAAGCAUGAGGCGGCAGCGGAACGCUCGGUUUAAGCGGCUCCAGCUGAUGGUCCCAUGGCUGUCAUCAGUAUUGAUCCUGACUUUGGGAGGCUGGGGGCUGGCCGCUGCUGCUACUUCUGGUGCUCCGUCACACGAACAUCAUGCCUCCACAGUCUCUGCCAGCCAUGUGCCCCUGGACUGGCUCCUUACUGAUCGAGGACCCUUCCAUCGUGCCCCAGAGUAUGCUGACUUCAUGGAGCGCCAUCGGCAGGGCUUCACCACCAGGUACAGGAUCUACAGGGAAUUUGCUCGUUGGAAGGUGAAUAACUUGGCACUGGAAAGGAAAGAUUUCUUCCACUUGCCUCUGCCUCUGGCUCCAGAAUUCAUCCGCAAUAUUCGCCUUCUGGGGCGCCGGCCCAGCCUUCAACAAGUCACUGAGAAUCUGAUUAAAAAAUAUGGAACCCAUUUCCUGCUCUCAGCCACACUUGGAGGAGAAGAGUCCCUAACCAUUUUUGUGGAUAAGCGCAAACUCAGUCGGAAAGUAGAACCUGGGACUCCUUCAGGAAGUGGCUGGACUAAUACCACUGUCUCCUUGGAAACACUGCACCAGCUGGCAGCCUCUUACUUUAUUGACCGGGAAAGCACACUACGGCGUCUCCACCACAUCCAGAUAGCUACAGCCGCCAUUAAGGUCACUGAAACCAGAACGGGGCCACUUGGCUGCAGUAACUAUGACAACUUGGACUCGGUGAGCUCUGUUCUUGUUCAGAGCCCAGAGAACAAAGUUCAACUACUUGGCCUACAAGCACUGCUGCCAGAUUAUUUGCGAGAACGUUUUGUGGCUGCUGCCCUGAGCUACAUCACUUGCCAUUCAGAGGGGGAGCUGAUCUGCCGAGACAAUGACUGCUGGUGCCAGUGUGGGUCUAGUUUCCCACAAUGCAACUGUCCUGAGGCUGAUAUCCAGGCCAUGGAAGAGAGCCUCCUCCAGAUUCAGGAAGCUUGGGAGACUCACAACCAACAGUUUCAGCAAUCAGAGGAACUACAGUCCCUAGUGAAAAAGCUCCCAGUAGACCGCUUUCUGAAUAUAACAGCCAUCUCGCAAUACUGGGCAAUGGAUCUUGAUAUUCAGCAUCGCUAUCAGAAACUGGGCACCAACUUGAAGAUGCUCUCCAAGAAGACCCAUCGGAUUGUCCGGCGCCUUUUUAACCUGGCAAAGCGCUGUCGUAGGCAACCUCACUUCAGACUUCCAAAGGAGAGACCUUUGACCUACUGGUGGAGCCGUGCCCAGUCUCUCAUCUACUGCAGUGAGACUUCUGUGCCAGGGACAUUUGUGGAAGAAAGCCACAGUUGCACCUGCCCCCAUGACCAGCCCUCUUGCCAGGGCACCAUCCCCUGUGCCUUGGGGGAGGGCCCAGAAUGUGCAGCCUGCGCAGAUGAGAACGCCACACAGUGUGGGUCCUGCAAUCCUGGCUAUGUUCUCACCUUGGGUCUAUGCCGCCCAGAGGUUGCAGAGUCUCUUGAGCACUACUUAGGGCUGGAAACAGACCUGCAGGACUUGGAGCUCAAAUACCUUUUGCAGAAGCGAGAUAGCCGCAUUGAGGUGCACUCCAUUUUCAUCAGUAAUGACAUGCGCCUAGGGACCUGGUUUGACCCUUCCUGGAGAAAGAGGAUGCUGGUGACCCUGAAAAGCAACAAAUACAAGCCAAGCUUGGUCCACCUCAUGCUGGCCCUCUCCUUGCAGAUCUGCCUCACCAAGAACAGCACCCUGGAGCCUGUCAUGGCCAUCUAUGUCAAUCCCUUUGGGGGCAGCCACUCAGAGAGCUGGUUUAUGCCCACCAAUGAGACUGGAUUCCCUGACUGGGAAAGGACUAACGUGGAUGAUUCUGGUCAGUGCCAAAACUGGACCCUCACAUUAGGCACUAAGUGGAAGACCUUUUUUGAGACAGUCCAUGUCUACCUGAGGAGCCGCAUCAAAUCUCUGAAUGACAGCUCCAAUGAAACCAUCUUCUAUGAGCCCUUGGAAAUGGACCCUUCUAAGAACCUAGGGUACAUGAGGAUCAAUAGCUUGCAGGUCUUUGGCUAUAGCCUGCCCUUUGAGUCUGAUGCCAUUCGGGACCUUGUGCUUCAGCUGGACUACCCAUAUACUCAAGGCUCCCAAGACUCUGCUAUAUUGCAGCUGAUUGAAAUCAGAGACCGGGUAAACCGUCUCUCUCCCCCUGGGAAAAUCCGCCUUGACCUUUUCUCUUGCUUGCUCCGGCACAGGCUUAAAUUAGCCAAUAAUGAGGUAGGUCGAAUCCAGUCUACUCUGCAGGCCUUCAAUGCCAAACUGCCAAACCCAGUGGAGUAUGAGACUGGUAAACUAUGCAGCUAGCCUUGGGAGCGGGGCAGGGCUGUUCUUGUAAUCCCAGAGGGGAGGACUGGAGAUUGGAGUGAAUACUUCCCAAAGCCUUAUUUUCAUGCCAGCUGUGCGCUUCUGUGAGACAGUCAGUGGUCAACCCAGAAGAUUCCAGGUUUCAUGGCGCCAAAUUUUGGAAUUAGUUAUGGCACAAAUCUCUGGAGCAAACCUAGCAAAGAAAGAGGUCCAGCUGCAGUGCUGAUAUUGCUGCAGAUGGCCUGCUUCAGUUGCUUGGAAAAGUGACACAGUUUCCUUUCCUGUGGCUGUGUUAGUGGAAUGUGCAAGAAAAUAUACAGGCCCAUGAAGAAAUGAGAUGUAAUUGGCAGCAUAAAGCAAUGACUGAUGAAAGAGUAAUGACUGAAGGCAGACUGGAGAGAGUUCUGAUAAAGACUUGGCUUUUUUGAUCAAGCAAAAACAACAGAGAUGGAAGGAAAGAACAAAAGGAUUGGACAUAAUUUUUGCAAGUGCUUCAAAAACACCCACUUUGGAGAACCUUUCUUUGGCCCUUGCCUCCCUUGGCGCAAUUUACUUUUGUAUUAUUUUUAUGAGUGUUUCUGACAACAGCAUUGCUUUCACGUUUUCUGCAUUCCUUUCUAAAGCUACCACCCUAAGCACACUUUUUUGGGAAACAUUUCCACCAAUGUUGUUGGGACUUGUUCCUCUCAAAGAAAUGAAUAUAGGAACAGAGUGAAAAGCCUUGAUUUCAGCUGCCUUGCCAUCACCCUGUUUUAUAUUUCUGUUUGAUUGAUUGGCCAUUUUAGUGGGUGGGUGGUGACAUCUAUCCAGAAAUUGGUGGGCAGUAGCAUUUGGGACACAUAAAGUUCGCUGUGCCUGAAUUGUCCUUUUCUCCCAUCUGUCACCAGGGAACCUUUUGUUCCAUUCAUAUCAUGUGAUCCACUCACACUUAACCAGUUGCACCAGUAUCUUCAUUGUCACACAGGCAGUUGUUGUUAAAUGUAUAUUUAGAGCCCAGUGGAUGAUUGGCCUUUAUUUACUUACUUACUUAUGUAUUGGUUUUAAUUGGUUGGCUCUUAAAAAGUAUUCUACUUUUGCAUUUUUUUUAAUUUGGAAUGGGGUUAUCAAUUUCUAGUUAACUGCUCCAGUUGAGUUAACACAUCCUAGCCAAAUGUAUGUUUUACUAUAUUUUGUAAGGGGGUAGGGAAGAGAGAAAUAGCCCUUUUGGAAGAAAAAAAGGGGAAGCAGUAAACAAUCAAAAUUCUCUAAAUGA